AUGGCGAUGUUGAAUCUGAUUUUAUUUGCAUUGUCUUGUGGAAUUGUUUUUGUACAAUCAAAAAUAACUGCUAAGAAUAAAACAUUACUAAUUAAAGCAGGAGACCCAUUUACACUUGAGUGUGAUGACCCUUCAGCAAAAUGGAGAUUAAAUAGAAGGAUUAUAGCUAACUGUGAAAAUUGUCAUUCAUCCACAUGUAAUAUUGAUGAAGCUUACAAGAAUCGAAUAACUGCUUUUUGUAAACAAGGAUAUUCUGUACUUCACUUCAAUUCAACUCAGAUUGGAGAUAGAGGAGGUUUACACUGUCCAGAAUCUGAAUCUGCUACUUUCCAACUUCUUGUAGGAAAUUAUAAUAUCACACACUUUCGUUCUGAAAAUAAAUUCCCUUUUGCCUUGAACCAAAAGAGUUAUACAUUGGUUUGUGAUAAAGAACAGAAUGGAGAAAUGAUCUGGUUUGAUAUUACCUGUGAUGCAAAGCAAAAGAAAGGAACAUUUCACAUAAAACAAGUUUCCUUAAGUCAAGAUGGAAAUAUCAUUGGUUGUGAAAGUGCUGGACAGCUUUACUUAUUCCGUUUAACAGUUAAUGUUCCUGUCACAUCUGUAUCUAUUCAACUUCCAAAUCAAGAUCUUGAAAAUAAAUAUGGAAUAUUUGUUUGUAAAGUUGAAGAGUCAAAACCAGAAGCUUCUUUUCAGUGGAUUAUUGCUUAUCAGAAUGGAUCAUUGCAGGAAAUUCAGCAGAAAUCCUUAAUAUCUAAGACAGCUAAAGGAAAACUUUGGCAAACAAGUUCUACUCUAACGCUGAAUUUAAUGAGAGACUAUAAGAAGAUUAUGUGCAAAGCAAGAAUUGAAAAUAUGACCUGGACAAAUUCUCAGUAUCAAUUAUUAGAUAUAAAAUAUCCACCUCAAGGAAAGCCAAGAAUCAUUUUGUCCCAAUCUGGAAUAUGUGCAGGGAAAUCUACAGAAAUUAAAUGUGAAUGGAAAGGUGGUAAUCCUGAAGCUACUGUAGAACUAUCAUGUCUUUCUGAAGUCAAAAAAGGACAAAGUUCUGUUAGCAUAAAAAAAAAUGUGACUCAAGAUAUGAGUCAAUUUUGUAUUUGUAAAGGAACACAUAUUGUUAAAGAAGAUAAUGUGACUGAAGAACUGGAUAUUCAGUAUCCUCCAAAUAAAGUAACAAUUGCUCAGACAUCAUAUCUUGAAGGUCAAACUACCUCACUAAUUUGUGAGGCAUCAGGUGGUAAUCCUGAAGUUUACAGUUACACAUGGUCACCUGGCAAAUAUCCUCCUUCAAAUGUGAUUAAAACACAUUUGUCUCGAACCUUGAACAAAAAAACAGUUACUUGCUAUGCGCAUCAUAAAUGUAAGGGAGGUAAUCCUGUAUCUUCAACCAUAAAACUCAAUGUAGAAUAUUAUCCCAUCAUAAAUACAAUUGAUAGUAUGACAGUGAUUGAAAAUCAAACAAAUGAAUUUAGUUGUCUGGCAGAAGGUAAUCCCAAACCAACAAUAACCUGGAAAAUUAGAAACCAGAUUUACAAGUCUAAGUUGUUGCAAGUUUCUUUUACUCAUUCUAAUGUAAGUAAAGUUCAAUGCAUUGCAACAGCUAACAGCUCCAAACAUGGUAUUUUGAAAAGUUCUAAAAACAUUUCCAUUUUUGUUACAUAUUCACCAGUAAUUACUAUUCGUCAUAAUGUCACCAACUUACAACAAAAAGCCCAGAUCAAUUGCACAGCUCAUGCAAAUCCCAAUAAUAUACAAUACAGAAUGGUUCAAAAAUGGGGGACAAUAAUCAAAAAAGAUAUUCCAAAGAACCAUGUGACUAUCCAAAAUAUUUCUUUCCAAGACAUGGGAACCUGGAUAUGCCUCGCAAGCAAUGAUAUACCUAAAAAGAACUAUUAUAGUGAGAAAUCUACUGAAAUUAAAUUAAAUGUUGCAGCACAUUUUCAAGGUAAUAAAAAUGAAACUGCAAAUGUUGGAUCUGAGAAACUUUUGAAAAUCUGUUUUUAUUGCUAUCCUGAAGCUACUCAAAUGAUAUGGUACAAAGGGAAUGAGGAAAUGCCAUUUGAUACAAUUUUUUACAUCCCUGCAAAAGAGGGGUUAUUUCCUUUUCCUGGCAAGUGCAGCAUUUUGGAACUGAAAAUAAAUGAGAAAAUAGUCCAGAUUUAUUCUUUAAAAGUUAUCAAUCUGGUUGGCCAAAGGACUUUUGAAUUGACUUUAGACACAGUGAUUCCAAGUAAUUCAUCAACUGAGCCACCAAUUUACAUAAUUGUAUCUUCUGUGAUUGCAGUAAUUGUUGUUCUUCUUAUUAUUGGUGGAAUUAUUUGUUUCAAAUUCCGAAAAUCAUCAAACAAAACACAAAGCAACACCAUUCCUAUAAAUAAUUUGAGAAUGUCAAAUGGUCAACAGGAUGAAGAAGAACCUCGAUAUGCUGAUAUAUCAAACCGUCUAUCUGUGAAAGAACAAGAGAAUGGAAAUGAACCAGCGUACAUUAAUAUGGCAAACAAACCACCUGACAAAGGUCAUCUGGAUAUAUCUACUCAAGUAUAUCUACUCAAGUAUAUCUACUCAAGUAUAUCUACUCAAGUAUAUCUACUCAAGUAUAUCUAUAAAAAGUAUAUCUACUCAAGUAUAUCUACUCAAGUAUAUCUACUCAAGUAUAUCUACUCAAGUAUAUCUAUAAAAAGUAUAUCUACUCAAGUAUAUCUACUCAAGUAUAUCUACUCAAGUAUAUCUACUCAAUAUAUCUACUCAAGUAUAUCUACUCAAGUAUAUCUACUCAAGUAUAUCUACUCAAGUAUAUCUAUAAAAAGUAUAUCUACUCAAGUAUAUCUACUCAAGUAUAUCUACUCAAUAUAUAUCUACUCAAGUAUAUCUAUAAAAGUAUCAAGUAUAUCUACUCAAGUAUAUCUACUCAAGUAUAUCUAUAAAAAGUAUAUCUACUCAAGUAUAUAUCUAUAUCUCUCAAGUAUAUCUACUCAAGUAUAUCUACUCAAGUAUAUCUAUAAAAAGUCUUGA